CUCACGGUGUUCCUACAUAUACUUUGCGGGUGGAUGGUACCAAGAUGUUCCUCCUGGUCUGGUUGGCUCUCUCAGUGCCGGGCACUUCUCCAUCCUCCGGGCCGGAUACCAAGGCGAUCUGCUCGGUGUGUUCGUGUGCGGCGGUGGAGCACAUUUUGUACAUUUCCUGCGACAAAGGCAGCAGCUUGUACAGACCCAGCCAGCUCCGACCCCCGACCGCCAGCAUGUACCACCUCAACUUGCAGAACAACCUGCUGGGCACCCUGUACCCACACAGCUUAGCCAACUUCAGCAACGCCAUCUCGCUCCAGCUCGGCAAUAACAAACUGCAGGAGAUCCAGGCGGGAGCGUUCCGGGGUCUGACUCACCUCAAACAGCUCCACCUCAACAACAAUGAGCUGCAGCUCCUGCGGGCUGACAUGUUCCUGGGCUUGGAGAACUUGGAGUAUCUCCAGGCCGACUAUAACCUCAUCAGGGUCAUUGAGAAGGGCACCUUCAACAAGAUGCACCGUCUCAAGGUGCUGAUCCUCAAUGACAACCUGAUCUCAUCGCUGCCAGACAAUAUUUUCCGCUUCGCCUCCCUCACCCACCUGGACCUGAGGGGUAAUAGACUACAGAACAUCCCUUACAUCGGUGUGCUGGAACAUAUAGGCAGGAUUGUGCAGUUUCAGCUGGAGGACAACCCCUGGAAUUGUUCGUGCCAGCUCUUGGCACUGGCUAGCUGGUUGGAGAACAUGCCUUACCAUCUCUACAUCGGGGAACCAACCUGCGAGACCCCAGCGCAGCUCAAUGGCCGGCCGCUGAAGGAGAUGACCCAACGGGAGCUGUGUCCCGAGGAAGCAGAGGGUCUCCCGGACCCCAGCCAGCCCCCACCUUUUCAGCUGAGCCCCCGAGUGACCCGGCGGCCCCAGCUUGCCCCCAGCGGCUCGCCCCCCAGGAGGUCCCAGUCCGGGAUCGUCUCGGGCAAAUUCCUCCCCAGCAACCGCACCUACAGCCAAAUCGCUUCGUUCCAGACCCGGGCCCCGCCGCCGCUCCAGUGCCCGGGCCGGUGCGAGUGCCAAAGCGACCCGUCAGAGCUGGCGCUGAGUGUCAACUGCCAGGGGAGAGGGGUCGAGAGCGUCCGGGAGCUGCUGCCCAGUCCGCCCAGUGCCAGCCAGCUGCUGCUCAGCGGCAACCGCAUCAGGGAGAUGGAGGGCUCGGAGUUCCGGGGCUACGAGGGCUUGGAUCUCCUGGAUCUGGGCAACAACAGGAUCACCGCCGUUCAGAGGGGGGUCCUGGCUAACCUGACCAACCUGCGGAGGCUGUUCCUGAACGGCAACCAGAUUGAGAGACUCUGCCAGGACAUGUUCCUGGGGCUGCACAACCUGCAGUACCUUUACCUGGAGUACAACCUCAUCCAGGAAGUCCUGGCGGGCACCUUCGACCCCCUGGGCAACCUGCAGCUGCUCUAUCUCAACAACAACCUGCUGAAGGGGCUGCCGGCCUACGCUUUCGCCGCGGUGCCCCUGGCCCGGCUCAACCUGCGCAACAACCACUUCAUGUACCUGCCGGUCAGCGGGGUGCUGGACCAGCUCCGCUCCCUCAACCAGAUCGACCUGGAGGGCAACCCCUGGGACUGCACCUGCGACCUGGUGGCCCUGAAGCUGUGGGUGGAGAGGCUGAGCGGCGCCACCACAGUGCAGGAGGUGAGGUGCGAGACCCCGGUGGAGUUUGCUGGGCUGGACCUGAGGGAGGUGAGGAGCGAGGUGCUGUGUCCCAGGCUCCUGACUAAAGCCGGGGCGGUGAGCCCCAGUCCUGGGGCCAGUCUGUCUCCUGAAGUGCCCCCUCUGAACCUGAGCAAAGCCAGCACUGGGGGGCCUGUCCCCCUCUCCAUCCUCAUCCUCAGCAUCCUGGUGGUGUUAAUCCUCACCGUCUUCGUGGCGUUCUGCCUCCUGGUGUUCGUCCUGCAGAGACACAAGAAAGGAGCAGCCAAGCACGAAGGGAUGGCGAGCCAGGAGUGCACCUCCAUGCAGCUCCAACUCAAGGAAGGGGGGCAGCCAGAAGCCAGGGGAGAGGGCUCCCAGCCGGGCACCGCUGGCAAGUUCAUGCCGCAAACCAUCGAGCAGCUCAGGAAGGCUUACCCCGAGCACGCCAGCCCGUUCGCCGACCCCCAGGGCCAGACCAUCUUCCUCAGGAACGUCAGCGACAAGGACAAGAAGCGGCUGAGCACCAUCGACGAGCUGGACGAGUUGGUCCCCAUCAGAGACCCCCACCAGCUCUACCGCAAUCUGGCGGAGGGCAAGCAGGAGGUCAACAGCAUCGGCUUCGGAGGCUUCGAGUUGCAGCCGCCCGAGAAACAAGGCGAGGGCAAAAAACUGAGGAAGUCCCUGCUGGGCUCUGGCCAUUCCAAAAUGCUGAUGGAGCAGCGGAAGGGCGAGUAUUCGGAGCUGAAAGCCAAGCUCCACGGGACCCCAGAUUACUUGCAAGUUCUGGAGGAACAAACAGCCUUGAGUCAGUUGUAG